AGAGGUGGCAAGACAGGUGCCUGGGUCCUGUUUGCAGGCGGGGCGAGACUCUCCCAAGCAGCUGCUUCCCUUACAUUCCCCUUCCAGGAGAAGCAGGUUCGGCUGCCAUGGCCCUGUGGGUCCUUUUGCUGCUGGUGGUCUCAGAUCAAGUGGUCUCCACCCCCACACCGGCCACCCACAGCUCUUCAGCAGUGAGCCCCCCGGCCGUCUCCAAACGCCCAAGCACAGCCAGCACCAGGGCGGAGGAAACCACUAUACCCCACAGUGAGAUCAGCCCCACGGCAUCGGAAGAACCCACAGAGGAGACCACCUCUGCCAACCGCACGACUCACCUGGGCUCCUCGCCUCCUCCCAGGCCCACCGAAAGCACCGCCACGGAGGGGGGCAGCACGCCAAGCAGCACCCCACUCACAACCCCCCUUGCCACCUCCAGGGAGCCGCUGCUCACCAGCCGAGAGGCCACUGGGUCCGCCAGCCACAACUCCACCACAGCUGAACCUGGCGAGGACGCGCCCAUUUCCCAGAAACCUGGCCUGGUGGCCGUCAUCUGCAUCUUCCUGGCCAUCCUGCUCAUUGGUGCUGUCUUGGUCCUGGUGAAAUGUUACAGGGGGAGGGAGCCGGCCUUCCAGAAGCUGGACGAGGUCCCUAUGCAGGGAAAAGUCACAGAAGGUUCUCCAUUUGCCCAUUUCCCUCCAAAGUAGCCUGGCUCCCCUUCCGCCCCACUCCCACUGAGGGCCUGCGAAAAGAAGGGUCGCAUCCUGCUGUCACUUAGCGUGUGCAAUAAUAAUAAUAAAGUUUCCGAAUUUGUCCCAAUGACUUUCUUGGAUGCUGGUUAAUCUGUGUUCAGAGCACAGACUCAUAUAGCCUUAGAAUUUUAGAAGGUACCCCUUUUGGUCAUCUAGUCCAACCCCCUGCAAUGCAGGAAUCUCAGCUCAAGCAUCCCUGACCGAUGGCCAUCUGACCUCUGCUUAAAAACUUCCAAGGAAGGAGAGCCCGCCACCUUUCAUCUCAUGACCAAACGGCUCUGACUGCCAGAAACCUCUUCCUAGUGUUGAGUCGGAAUCUCCUCUCAUAUAGCUUGAAGCCACGGGUUCGAGUCCUGACCUCCGGAAGCAGGAGAAAACAAGCAUGUUCCCUCUUCCAUGCGACAGCCCUUGAGGGAUUUGAAGGUGGCUCUCCUAUCUCCCUUCUUUCCCAGGCUAAACAUACCCAGCUCCUUCAACUGUUCCUCAUCAGGCUUGGCUUCCAGACCCUGGAUAAUCUUGGGACUCAGCUACAUGCAGUCAAUUAUAUCAUUAUGACUGUGUUAUAGACAUGUGACAGCAGAUGGCGAUGUAGAGCUAUAAUCUGUGUUUUCCUGUAACUUUUUAAAUGAGUAUAAAUCUGCACGAUAUCCUUCUUAAAUUGUGAUGCUCAGAACUGGACACAGUCAAGGCCAGAUUUCGGUUUGAUGAGGCCCUCAGCUACUGAAGGUAAUGGGGCCCUUUCUAUGUCCAACUGUCCU